CAGACACGUUUCUGAGCACAAAGCUACGGAGUGCUGCUGAGAACAAGAAAGCUUAUCCAUCCAAAUUUGCAGUAAUAAACGGACAUGAAAAAAAAGGCAUUCUUCUAGGGAAUUCAAAAGGGCUUCUUGAAAAUUUCAAACUGCUGAGAAAUGAUUCUGUCAGCUAUGGCAGCUGCUGCUACUUCUCAAAUGGCUUCAACAAACUUGUCCAUGCUGCACUUUAAAGGAUGGGGAAAGAGGGAUUUAAGAAAGAGGAAGGUUUUGACAGUUUCAGCUCAAGAAGUUGAUGUUCAAGAGGACAUGAAGGUAGAAAAGGAAGAAGAAAAGGAGAAACAGAAACAGCAGCAAACGCUAAAGCAGCCAAGACCAGUUGAACCACAAAUCAACGUGAGAAGCAAGAACAUGGUCAGAGAAUAUGGUGGGCAAUGGCUUAGCUCUGCAACAAGACAUGUUAGGAUCUAUGCAGCUUAUGUUGACCCUGAAACUAGUGAAUUUGAUCAAACACAGAUGGACAAACUCACUCUUAUUCUUGAUCCUACUGAUGAGUUCGUUUGGACUGAUGAUACUUGUAAUCAAGUUUACUCUUAUUUCCAAGAACUUGUGGAUCAUUACGAGGGUGCUGAACUAACGGAAUAUACGCUUCGUCUGAUUGGUUCAGACAUAGAGCACUUCAUACGGAAGCUACUGUAUAAAGGAGAAAUACAGUACAACAUGAAUGCAAAUGUGCUCAACUUCAGCAUGGGGAAACCACGAAUUGGCUUUAACUACAAGGAUGGACAAAUUCAAGAUGUAAACUUGUAAAUGAGACAUCCAAUUGCCAGAACAUCGAGCAGGCUUCUGGCUGCAGGACAAGACAUGCCUGAUCUGACCAAGGUUUAAGAGCUCCUUCCUGAGUCAGAUUCUGUGGCAACAGACACCAGAUGCUACAGAAGUAGAUGAAAUUGUAAGACAGAGACAACAUAUGAUGCAAAUAAAAGCAGGGCCUUUUGUAAUACUAUUGGUGCUGAUCCAAGAUGCAGAAGUCAGAUCAUCAUUUUUUUCUAGGAUCCCAUGGCAAAGAAAGGUAACUAAUUAUUUCAAUCAGAAUUAGUGGUCAUGUUUACUAAUCAGGGUAACCAUUUAUUGACAGUUCAAGCAGCCAGACAAGCAAUUCCCCUCCA